CUCUCUCCCUCUCUCUCCCUCUGCACACACAUCUCUACAGCACCACCACCACCACACCACCCACUCUGACCCGGCAUCACACAGCUCGGCGGCCCCUGGACUGCAGCUAGCUCCAGGAAGUUUCCCUGAUAAAGGAGGAAUACCACCAGCUGCUCUGAGGAAGGAUGAGGAUCUGGUCGUGGGAACAAUGUGGGGAGACCAGCCUGGUGCUACUGGGGUUUCUCACCUUGGCUUUGUCUGUAGGGAACCUCUCAACCAGGGGACAGGAGGAAGGGGGAGCCUCCAACAGUCUGGAGGACGAGCUGGAGUCCACCACAUACUGGUGGGGGGAGUGGGCCAAGUGGACCGCCUGCACACGCACCUGCGGAGGGGGGGUCAUGUCCCAGGAGAGGCACUGUCUCAAACAGAGAAAGAAAGCAGCCGCUGCUAGAGACAACAUGACCUGCACUGGCACUUCGAAGAAAUACCUCCUCUGUAACACCAAGGACUGCCCUUCCUCUGGGAGAAGCUUCAGGGAAGAGCAGUGCUGGUCGUUCAACUCACAGGUCUACAAUGGCAGGAACUACCACUGGAAACCCCUGUAUCCGGAUGACUAUGUCCAUAUCUCCAGUAACCCAUGUGACCUGCACUGCACCACGGCCGACGGCCAGAGACAGCUGAUGGUUCCUGCUCGGGACGGAACGUCCUGCAAGUACAGCAACUACAGAGGGGUCUGUGUGGACGGCAGAUGUGAGCCAAUCGGGUGUGAUGGAGUACUUUUCUCGCCCAACAUGCUGGAUAAGUGUGGUGUGUGUCAGGGGGAUGGCAGCAGCUGCAGCAGGGUCAAUGGAAAUUUCCGCCGCGGGGCCACCACUUUGGGUUACUCCUUCAUCACAUCAAUCCCCGAGGGCUCCUGGGACAUUCAGAUCAUUGAGAGGAAGAAGUCAGCUGAUGUUUUGGCUGUGACCGAUCAGGCGGGGAACUUCUUCUUCAAUGGGAACUACAAGGUGGACAGCCCCCAGAACUUCCAUGCGGCGGGGACCGUCUUCAAAUACCGGCGGCCCAUGGAUGUGUAUGAGACGGGGAUCGAGUACAUCGUAGCCAAAGGGCCCAUCGACCAGGCCAUCAAUGUUCUGGUGUGGAACCAGAAUGGUCGUAUCCCUUACAUCACGUACGAGUACACCGUCCUGAGAGAGUCCCUGUCCCCUGUCCCUCAACCUCCUGUCUACACUGGCCCCGACAGCACCGCCCCAGGGGUUUCCGUGGAGAUGGGCAGUAUGGUGGCCCCCAACGGGAGCACGUAUGACAAGGUGGCCCCUGAGACCCAGAGGAACCAGGUGCUGAAACAGGGGGCCAAGGCGUCAGGGGCCGAGGGCCAGAAAGGCCAGGAGACCAACGAGGUGUAUGAGGAGACAGGAGCCAUCGACUGUCACCAGGACAGCCCAACCCCACCACAAUACACAGAUGGCAACAGCAGUCACACAGGUAGCGUAGCAGUCCCUGCCCCGGCAGCCAGCAGGCCUUUAGAGGAGGGACCAGACUCAGAGAACCUCAUCUGGAGAGUCUUGCUGGGCAAGCAGAUUGGUCCAGAUGAGCUGCUCACCAACAUCUCAACCAAUCAGCUCCUGACGGAGGGAGAGGGAGUGUUCUCGUUGGAGGUGGACUAUAGCAGUGUGGAGCAGGGAGGCCAGUUCCCCCUCAACAGCUCUCUGGGGGAGUUCAGUCUGGGCGCGCGGAGGAAUGAUACUGGAGACCUGCUGUUCCCCAACAGGACGCUGCUGACGGGGAUGAGGAGCAACAAUCGCACCAACAGAACCAGGACUAAUCAGAGGUUCCUGCAGAAGAACUUCAAGCUGAGCCCUGCAGACAUGUACCGCUGGAAACUGUCUUCUCAGGAACCCUGCUCCUCCACCUGCUCUAUAGGAGUGUCAAAGUCCUUUGCCAUGUGUGUUCGCUACGACGGCGCUGAGGUGAAUGACAUGCACUGUGACACUAUGACCCGACCUGAGCCUGUUCAUGACUUCUGCAUUGGGAGGGAGUGCCAGCCCAGGUGGGAGGCGAGCAGCUGGAGUGAGUGUUCUCGUACCUGUGGUGAGGGCUUCCAGUUCCGUCUGGUGCGCUGCUGGAAGAUGCUGUCCCCCGGGCUGGACAGCUCUGUGUACAGUGACCUCUGCACCCUGGCAGAGCUGGAGAGGCCCCUUGAGCGCCGCGCCUGUAAGAGCCCAACCUGUGGCCCCCAAUGGGAGGUGGCCGAGUGGACUGAGUGUCCAGCGAAGUGUGGCCGCAGGGCCCAGGUGACCCGGGAGGUCAGGUGUUCAGAUGAAACCAAGUCAUGUGAUCCCCUGACCCGCCCCCUUAACACCAAGAACUGCACAGGCCCGCCCUGCGAGCGCCAGUGGACUGUGUCAGAGUGGGGGCCGUGCUCUGGGUCGUGUGGCCAAGGGAAGAUGGUACGUCACGUGUACUGUAAGACACCAGAGGGCCGUGUGGUGCCUGAAUCCCAGUGCUCUCCGGAGAAUAAGCCCCUGGCAAUCCACCCCUGUGGGGAGAAGGAUUGUGCUCCACACUGGCUCACUCAGGAUUGGGAGAGUUGUAACACGACAUGUGGCCGCGGUGUGAAGUGGAGAAUUGUGCAGUGCGCCGGCAUCACUGCUGGGAAGUUCCAGGCCCACGACGACGAGGCUUGUGGUGCCAGUAAGAGGCCCGAGGACGAGAACACCUGCUUCGAGAGGCCCUGUUUCAAGUGGUACACCACGCCCUGGUCUGAGUGCACUAAGACAUGUGGUGUGGGUGUCCGGAUGAGAGACGUGAAGUGCUACCAGGGCAGGGAGAUCGUGAGAGGUUGUGACCCCCUGACCAAGCCUGUGGCCAAGCAGACCUGUGCCCUGCAACCUUGUCCCACUGAACCCCCAGAUGAGAGCUGUCAGGACCGUCCCACCACCAACUGCUCUCUGGCUCUGAAGGUGAACCUGUGCAGUCACUGGUACUACAGUAAGGCCUGCUGCCACUCCUGCAGGGCCCAGCACGCCUCUUAGUAUUGCCUGACACCUACAAAACCUUACCCUGCAGCUCUCCAACCCCCACUUCCCACCCCCUACCUCCAGCAGACCCCCACAAACCCCUUAACUCCAACCACUGCAAACCCAUACCCGCAACCCACUUACUUCCAGCCAAAGAGCCCUCUACCCUAGACUACUCGUCGACAAAUUACCCCCAGUAGGUUCCUCUACUACCCCCAGUAGGUUUGUCUACUACCCCCAGUAGGUUACUCUACUACCCCCAGUACGUUACUCUAUUACCCCCCCCAGUAGGUUACUCUACUACCCCCAGUAGAUUACUCUAUUACCCCCAGUAGGUUACUCUACUAACCCCCAGUAGGUUACUCUACUACCCCCAGUAUGUUACUCUACUACCCCCAGUAGGUUAUUCUACUACCCCCAGUAUGUUACUCUAUUACCCUCCAGUAGGUUACUCUUCUACCCCACAGUAGGUUACUCCACUACCCCCAGUAGAUUACUCUAUUACCCCCAGUAGGUUACUCUACUAACCCCCAGUAGGUUACUCUACUACCCCCAGUAUGUUACUCUAUUACCCUCCAGUAGGUUACUAUAUUACCCCCAGUAGGUUACUCUAUUACCCCCCAGUCGGGUACUCUACUACCCCCUGUAGGUUACUCCACUACCCCCAGUAGGUUACUCUAUUAC